AAAUAAGAGAGAGGGAGAAGAUGGAGCGAGUCUUUCGUCUACGUAAUCUCUCUCUCACUGCCUCUCCUUCCAAUUUAUGUACAUAUAACACUAUUCAUCUCUACUCUUCCGCUUCCUCUCCGUCUUCUUCUUCCUCUCCAAUUUCACAUUUCAAUUUCCUUCUCAAUUCAACACCAAAACAAUUCACGAAAUGGAAACCUUCCUCUUCACCUCAGAAUCUGUAAACGAGGGCCACCCCGACAAGAUCUGUGACCAGGUUUCUGACGCCGUCCUCGAUGCUUGCCUGGAGCAAGACCCAGAGAGCAAGGUUGCCUGCGAAACCUGUACAAAAACCAACAUGGUCAUGGUGUUUGGAGAGAUCACAACCAAGGCCAAGGUGAACUACGAGAAAAUAGUUCGUGACACUUGCAGAGGCAUUGGGUUCGUGUCUGCUGAUGUUGGUCUGGAUGCUGAUAAGUGCAACGUUCUUGUCAACAUUGAACAACAGAGCCCUGACAUUGCCCAGGGAGUUCACGGUCACUUGUCCAAAAAGCCAGAGGACAUUGGAGCCGGUGACCAAGGACAUAUGUUUGGCUAUGCCACAGACGAAACAGCUGAAUUAAUGCCACUCACGCAUGUGCUUGCUACCAAACUUGGUGCCAAGCUCACGGAAGUGAGAAAGAACAAAACAUGCCCCUGGCUUAGACCUGAUGGUAAAACCCAAGUGACUGUUGAGUACAGGAAUGAUGGUGGGGCCAUGAUCCCUAUCCGUGUGCACACAGUCCUCAUCUCAACCCAACAUGAUGAAACAGUCACAAAUGAGCAAAUUGCCAAGGAUUUGAAAGAGCAUGUGAUAAAGCCUGUGAUCCCAGCUGAAUACCUGGACGACAAGACCAUCUUCCACCUCAACCCUUCAGGUAGGUUUGUGAUUGGAGGACCCCAUGGAGACGCAGGCCUCACUGGGAGGAAGAUAAUCAUCGAUACCUAUGGUGGGUGGGGUGCUCAUGGUGGAGGUGCGUUCUCAGGCAAGGAUCCAACCAAGGUCGAUAGGAGCGGUGCAUACAUAGCAAGGCAAGCCGCAAAGAGUGUGGUAGCUUCAGGGCUUGCACGUCGUUGCAUUGUGCAGGUUUCCUACGCAAUUGGAGUGCCUGAGCCAUUAUCUGUUUUUGUGGAUACUUAUAAAACAGGGAAGAUUCCUGACCGUGAUAUUCUGGCUUUGAUUAAAGAGAAUUUUGAUUUUAGGCCUGGAAUGAUUUCCAUCAAUCUUGACCUCAUGAGAGGAGGCAACUUCAGGUUCCAGAAGACUGCUGCUUAUGGGCAUUUUGGACGAGAUGAUCCUGAUUUCACAUGGGAGACCGUGAAGAUGCUCAAGCCCAAAGCCUGAUUGGUUGGCCUUGGUGGUGUUUCUUAAAAUGUCACCGUAAUCAUCUUUCUGAUCUUGUGUUAGGAAAUCAAUAAAGAAGCUUCGGUGAGUACAUACUUCAUUUAAGAUGUAUUUUUCAGCUUGGAUGAGAAUUAGGAGCAGAAACGUGCUGUCCUAACUGGAGGCGUUCGCACAACAGGAGCAUGCAGCUUUAGCUAUCUAUACCACUUUUCAUUUUUGUUUAAAUUUCUCAUUGUUGCUUUGUUUUUUUCUCCCUUCUGAUGUUGAUUGUUCUGCAACCAUUCUUGUGUGGGUGGGAUAAUCGUGGAAUGCCAUUUAUUUGAUUCUUUUGUCACUUUUGUUUUAUCAUAUAUCUUCAAAGACUUAACUAUUUUUUAAUUUC